AUGAAAUUCUUGCUGUUCGCUGCUGUCGCACAGGCCUACUUGCAACUGGACUUCGAACGUCAGACUGCCCAGGACGUCGCCUUGGCCAAGAGACACACCUCCAACGGUGUCGCAAACGCCAUGGACGUCCCCAUCGAGCAGAUCGGUGACCUGAUGUACACCGUGCAGCUGCACGUCGGUACUCCGCCACAGAACGUCACUGUCCAGCUGGACACCGGGUCCUCCGACCUGUGGUUCCCUGUCGCUAGCAACCCGUACUGUAAGCGCAACGCCAAGCUUGCGCCAAAGAAGGUCAAGGCGCUGCCCGCCACUGGUUUCGCUACUGAGAACGACCAAGUCGCUAAGAAGCUGAGAACUUUCGACUGUGAUGCCUUCGGCCUGUUCAACAGCUCCAUGUCCUCUUCUUUCAAGAGCAACGACUCCUCUGAGUUCUUCGUCAAGUACGAAGACGGUACUUACGCUUCCGGUAUGUGGGGCACAGACACCUUCAAGCUGAACCACCACAACGUCUCUAAUAUCACAUUUGCGCUGGCCAACAUCGCUAACGCCAGCAUGGGUGUCCUCGGUGUCGGUUUCCCAGCAGAGGAGACGACCGACGACCCAUCCCCAGGCUCUCUUAUCGACAAGGAACACUACCAGUACGACAACUUCCCUAUCGCGCUAAAGCGUACCAGGACCAUCAAGAAGGUCUCUUACUCCAUUUUCCUGAACGACACUAACUCCAAGAAAGGUGUCAUCCUGUUCGGUGGUGUCGACCACAGUAAAUACCAAGGCACCUUGUGGACCGUUCCUAUGGUCAACAACCUCUUGACUUUGAAUCAGACCACCACUUCAAGACCUGAAAUCACCUUGAAUGGUCUAGGGUUCCGUGACGACAAGAAGAACGUCACCUUGUGGGGUGAAAAGAUCCCUGUCUUGCUAGACACCGGUACCACUUUGGCCUACGCACCAAAGCAAGUCGUCGAUGUCAUCGCUAAGAGAGUCAACGGUACCAUUGACUCUAAGACAGGUGGUAUCAAGCUGAAGAAAUGCCCAAACGCCAAGGACAACAGCGAGCUUAUCUUCAACUUUGCUGGUGCAGAGAUCCCUGUUUCCUUGUUGAACAUGGUCGAGAAGCGUAAGGGUAAGUGCUACUUGGAAAUUCGUUACCAUGAAGAGCUAAGUAAGACCGGUAUGUUGCUUGGUGACAUCUUCAUGAGACACGUAUACUCUGUCUUCAACAUGGAAGAUAUGGAAGUUUCAUUUGCUGUAGCCAACGGUAAUGACUCCGCUCCAUUGCAAAUCGAAGCUAUCAUAAGUGACGUCCCUAGCGCUGUCAAGGCUCCACAAUACUACAAUACCUUCGCUUCUUCUAACUUGCCAAGCACUGUCACCAACGACAUCUUCGCAAGCACCGCCACUGCUUCCAUGGAACCACCUUCUUCUGUUCUAGAGAGCUUGAAGAGCAAGUCUUCUUCCACUUCAAGUAUUGACACUAGUGUCCCAUCUGAUGACAAGAAGAUUAUCGAUGAUGACCACUCUGGCCAUGACCACGCUAAGAGAGAUGCUUACAGUAACACUGCUGGCAUUUUACAAAUCAGCACCACUUUAGUGUUAGUUGCAAUGACUUUGUUAUUGUAA